AUGUCUGUUCGAAUAAAUCCUCGCCCCUCCAUUCGCUUCUCCCCCUCCCACUCUCGCCAAAACUCCUCAUCUGAAAGAAUCGGCGCCAUCUAUCAACAGCUCGACCCUCUCCUCAGCAACCUCUCCCCCGAAUCCACCCUCCAAGCUCUCACAUCCACCUCUGCGGUUCCCUCAAACGAAAAAGCCGCCCAUGAUAUCCUUUCUCAAAGCAUAUCCCAGGUCUCGCCAGCAGAACGCGCGCUGGGGAUUCGCGCCGCGGUAGCCGCCCAAAAUCUAGACCUGUGGCAUAAAGAAGUUCAGACAUGGGCCUGGGCAAACCAGCAAGACGUGAAAGUCGGGAAGGGCUUCAUUCCUCCCGCUUCGAGCUCUGAUAUCAAUUCCGCCGACUCCGGGUUCCCCUCACCCCUUAGCACGGACAACUAUUAUGGCAGCCUGCCAUCAAGCGUGGUGGAGCGAAAUGAGAAAAGAAUAGAGGAGAUCCGCGAUGGAAUGGACGAUCUUCGCGUGGAAGAAUUAAAGGAACACGUUUUGAAUGCCCACAUUCCAUCCAGGUCUCGGCCCUCCUCCGCCACAAGCUCCGUGUCUGUGCCACCGCCACUGAGUUACGUGCAACUGAGUGAUUUUACUGCGGUCAUUACCGCGACAAUUCUACGCGCUCUUCCCCACCUGUCGCGUCUCAACGCGUUGCUCAUUACUUGGGAUGUUCGCCUUUUGGUAUUGCGCCAGAUCCCUGGGUUGCUUAGGGAGCUUUCCAUCACACGCUCCGCCAUCGACUCCUGCCUUCGCAUAUUGCGCGAACCAACCCCGGACUCCAAGCGAUACGCCGAUGAAUGUCUAGCUGCCGAUCAUGUUAAGUUGGAGUCUGCCAUUGUCAGUGUAGGGAGGCGCAUGGACCGCAUUUUGGACGCGUUGGAAGGUCGCCCGGAUUCAUUGCCCGAACAGUGGAUUGACGAUCUGGAGGCCAUUGAGUCGGAUUUCGCUGCUUGGGUGGUCGAGGCUGAAAAGUAUAAGGUCCACAACGCGUGGUUGAGGUCCAAGCCCGAGUCUCAGGCUGAAACGCCUAGAGCAGCUCCCGUCCAACCGGCCUUAGAGAAAUCCGACGAUCACGCAUUGAUGCCGGUAUCCACCCCCGCAAAAGAUGAAACGUCCAAGGAGCUUGGUAACGAGGUCACAACUGUUCAAACUUUUGUUGAUUUACCUGUCGAAGAAUCAAAUGUUACUUUGAAGAGCGAUGUACCGCCUUCUACGGAUGAAGAUACCCAUCUUCACCUCUCAGUCUCAACCUCAGCAGAACCGCUUGUACACAAGUGGGAUGACCUGACUCCGAUCAUCGUUGCAGAGGACUCGGAGACCCCAACCCAGUCAGACUUCCCACCCACCGUCUCCGCUGUCAACGGGAAGCCCUCUGGCCUCGCAGCUUGUUCUGUUCACUCUGACUCCGAUUCCAAGGAGAACACCCCUCCACUGGGUUCCCAGCAGACAGACGGAUCUGAUUCACCAAGCACAAAUACCCCCUCGACGCCGAAUGCGUUGUUUGAGAACUUGACAGCUGUUGUAGAUCGCCCGGUCGAUCACUCUGUCCCCAUCAAAGAAACAGCUCAGCCCCAUGUCGUCAUCGCGGGAGAUAUGCCAACUGCGGAGCUCUUAUCAGAUGUCACACCAAAGGACCUUGAUGUGUCACAAGAAGCCCAGACUCCAUGUCAACCUGCCCCCCAGCCCCGGUCGAUUGAAUUCACCCCCGAGCCUAUAGGUCAUGGUGCUGAUCACAGUCCCGAGGCGCACCCAUCAAGGGUCGACGCCGGGACCGAGAUCCCCGCCCCAGCAACUGUUUCUCCGAUGUGCACACCCAAGACAGUGGACAACCGACUGCCCAGAAUCAGGCCAUCUAUUCGAGGAUCACAAAUUCCGUUGGCUUCUCCUAAGUCUGGCUCUAACCACACACCUGUCAAGCCUGUGCCACAACACGAGGAAAAGCCUGACCAUGUCCAGAAGACUGUUCGCAAGCCGCUCCAAAGUCCCAUCAAGCUCUCUGAAUCCCGUUCUGUGAAGCCCGGUCUUGAUAAGAGCGCCCCAAUGCCUCGCCAGAUCUCUCACCGUCGUCGGACGUCCACUGGGUCGGUCAGCUCCCUACUGUCGGACAACUCCUCUCUCAUAUCUAGCCCCGAUGCACCCGAACCACGGACUGCCUCUCCACACGAGCCUCCAGAGCUGGUCUCGUCCCGCUCUAAGGCUAUCGGCUCUCCCUCGCGCGGUGUUCACCGCCUCAGAGAAGACCGCCUGCGCCGUUUCGAACAGAAGCCUGAUCCCAGAGCGCCGUUCCCACAGAACCGUGCCGUCAGCCUACCUCUGGAACGGUUCAUCAAUGAGAGACUUGAGCUGGGCCUCGCAAGGGAGUCGCAAACUGGUGUGAAGUCUCCUCUUGAUCGUCCGAUCACCUCUUCCGAUUUCCCUAAGCCGCCCAAGUCUCUGAGUUCAUCCCCUGUACAGAAUGUUUCGAAGUCAAUUUCGUCAGUGCCGCGUCCCUCCAACCGUCGUCACACCCUUUCCCGGGGAAAGUCUUCGUCGGGUUUGAAUAUCCAACACGACGCGGCGAGAGUCACAGAGCAACACAGAAAUGCGUUCGCUCAAAACACCGCUCGACGAGCAUUGGAGCACCAGGCAGAGCCCAAGUCCCUCCGGCUCCGCAAGCAAUUGACUGCCCAUCCCAGUCUCGAAAGCCUCGGUGUCAAGCGACAGGAGCUGUCGCAUGUUGAAGAGCACGCAUCAGAGUUGACCGAUUUUGGAUCUCGUGCUUCAUCCCCUGCGAGAAAUCUCAGGCAACCACGAGACCAUCUCGAUGAGAAGAUCAGCUCAAUUCUGAACUCUCUUCCUGGUCGCAUCCAUUUGGUUGAUUCGCAGCAUGAAGGGGACACAUCCUCCUCUUCUUCCUCGGUCGAUCGCCGAGUGCGUCAUCGAUCGGAAUCACCUUGUGGUCCUCCGGCUCGGAGCACCACGCCUGGACCCUCAUUGAUGCUGAUGCCCGCCGGUCGGAGAAGGUAUUCACAUGCCUACAAGGCUGAGGACAGCUGUGUCAAGCUCUACCACCUUCACCACGGCGGCCAAUCCGCCCCUACCAAGCUCUUUGUUCGUACCGUUGGAGAAGAAGGGCAACGAGUGAUGGUCCGUGUCGGUGGUGGUUGGGCUGACCUUGGCGAGUACCUGCGCGAAUAUGUCAUCCACCAUGGCCGUCGCAAGGUCUCCGAAACUCCCCGUGUGGAAGUUCAAGGAAUCAAAACUCGUCUCUCGCCUUCCUACAGCUCCCCAGGUACCCUCCUGACACCCGCAACCUCCACCUACCUCACCUCUGGCCGCGCCACACCAUCUCGACCCCCAUCCUCUCUCAGCGCCCGUCCAGCCUCUUCCCUGACCGUCCACAAAAAGCGCCGCGGCUCCACCGCCUCCGACAUCAUGGGCACACGCGCAGUGACUACUGGUCACAUCAACUCUUUUACCUCACCACCACCCCCUGUCCCCCCUCUCCCCACCUCUACCGGCCGACGUCUCUCCGUGUCAUCGGGCUACUCAGUCGGCGACUCCCACUCCCCAAACGCCGCCACCGAAGUCCGUUCCACACCUCUUGGCCUCGCAGGACCUCGACCCCGUGCACGCUACGAGUCCAUGAGCCCAGAAGGCGAAGCCUGGGUUGAGAACGUCCUCAACAAAACCCGCCGCUCCAGCUCCCACCAUCCACCCAACUUCACACUGGGUUCCCCUCCCUACAUCGACAUCGACGAUCGAUCCGAAGACAGCCACAACCACUCCCUCCCUAAAGUCCGCAGCAUCGGCGACAUCGGCUCCAUCGGAACCAGUCGACGAGUUGUUCUCCGGGGCCUGGGCAACCGCCGUUCCUGA